AUGUUCGACUCCCUCGCCCACCCUCAACUCGAUACCCAUCGUGGUGAAUACCCCACGUUCCUCGAAUGGCGUCAAUCCACGCCAUCCCACUCUUCUUGCGAUACCCUCACCACCACCGAUGACAACAACAACAACACCGCCAUCUUGGACAGCCCACCUCCUACUCCUACACUCAGCCAGAACCAAAACCGGAACCAGGGCCAAAAAGUCCCCCAUCUUUCAACCCCUGCAGAAGCAUCCACAGCCAGACCUCACAUCGUCCUCGGUCGCGGGGACGUUGGUGGUAUCUGGGCAGACAUGGGACACGACCACAAUCAGACCCUCAGUUACAAUGAACACAUGGAACUGCCGCUGUACUCGUUCGCGGACUUUUUUCGCGACAACCCCGAACACGACAAAAACUUGGAGCGCCCUCUUCGGUCAACCGUCUCUGCAUACUACAAGGCUCAUGUUCUGCAAACAGGGAUUCAGUCCAAUUUCUCCAACUAUACCACCGUCACUGGAAUAUACCAUCUCAAGGACAUGGAGCGCCACUGCUGUUGUGGAUUGGACCCGCGGGAUUUUACAAGAGACAAGCACACAGGGAAUCUGAGACAAAGUCGUGGACGCACGGAGGGACUUAGACCCUGUCAGAGCUGUGCACCUUACCGAUACGUCGUCCUAGGACAUGUUGAUCCGCCCUCGACCCGCCAACAUGGGUCAAAGAGUAACAGAACAAGGUUUAUGAUCCGCGCAAAGUCGGUUGUGUUGGCGACAGGAACAUUCGAUCAGCCCAAGAAGCUGCCAGCGGCAGAAGCCGACCCCUGUGCACUCCCAGCGUCGCCUACAGCCAUGAUUCAACAGUCUUUCCAUGACACCCGCCAGCUCGAGGAAUGGAUGAAACGACAUGACGGAUCUGCUCCCCUUCGGCUAACAGCGGCCUCACCUCCACCCUCGCCAUCAUCAUCACCGUCCAAGCCUCUCGCCAUUAUCGACAUUAUACAGCCAACAUUGUCAUCAGCGUCCACACUACCGAUUGUGAUUGUCGGAACAGGACUCUCAGCAGCUGACGCGAUUCUUCUGAUCCACGAGAAGCAACCCUGGCGACGUGUCAUCCAUAUCUACAAGCAUUUUUCGGCAUCGGAACCAUCACCGCUCAAGAGAUGCCAUCGAGAUGUCUACCCAGAGUACAAUUCAAUCUGGAUGCGGAUGAAGCGAUUUGCGACGCUGAAGAACUCGGUUCAGUCCUAUCACCAUCCCAAGGAAGGCGAACAGCCAUGUCGUGUUUUUGGGAACAUUGACAAGCAGUCGACCUGUGAGCCGUGCAAACAGUUGUUGCCUCAGGAGGACCAGGACCAGGGCCGCGACAACAUGUUUGCCCCACUCUGCGCGGCAUGUUCGUACAAGGGUUUGCCGGAUGCGUCGGUUUCGAGCUGGGAUCCGGUGACAGGGCAGAUCGUGUUGGUUCUGAGCCAUGGAGUUGUCAUUCAGGAACAGGUCGCUGCGGUUGGAGUGUUUAUUGGCAAGCAGGUCCAUAUGGGAUUCCUGAAGGGCUCCCUUGCUCAGGAGAUGCUGUCGUCCUCACCCUCGUCUCCUCUUGGAGACAGCUCUGCCCUUGGACUGAGACUCGGUGUUGGUGAAGCAGGCAGUGUCUCGUUGAGUGGAAGGAGCACGAGGAGGAAGAGGAGUAGCAGUCAGGCUGCAAAAGAACUGGCGGUCGAUAUCCCAACACCACCCUGUACGCCACCGCGUUCACCUACUCUUCGACCUAUGGGAAUGUCCGCUUCUACGACGACUGCGCGACAGCAAUUUUGGCACAAGCAGGCUCUCGAGUGUCUGCAUCGCUGUCGCACGGGUUUGUCUUCCUCGGACACUCCUUCCUCGUCCGCAUUGAAGGUUGGGAGCGAGAGGGAAGAGACGUCUCAGGAAUCAGAAGAAGGAUGCAGUCAGGACGAGCAACAAGACGUCUCUGACCAGGAGGAAGAGGAGGAGAAAGAAGAGGAUGAACAAACGGACCCUUCGCAGGUGCUGACUCUCCUGAAGCCUCUCGUAUCGGACAUGUACAACUUUCGACUGAUCCCCACUAGUAUUGCCGAGCCCGUCGUCGUUCACCAACGAGGAGCCACGAUUCCUUCGUCGCCUCUUUCAGUCUUGCCCUCCUCCGGUGUCAGCGCAGGCACGGCGCCGAUGACUCUUUUGACAACUGCGCCCACGUUCCCCACCAAGGCCAAGAGGUGUACUCGUCUGCCUUGUUACCCCAUCCGACGACCAUCAAUUGCUGAUUCUACCGCGGAAUCCUCUUCAACGGCACCCGAGAACGAGAGUACCGAGAUUGCGACCGCCACGACGAUCACUAGAGCCGCGACCAUAGGUGACGAAGCCCGAGGAGAAGGAGGUAGUCUCAGCGAUGCGGCAAGUCGAGUUGGCAAGAACAUUAUGGCCAUGUCGAGUGCGUGCAUCUCGAUGCCAUGUUCGCCACUAUUGGGUUCCCGGAUUGUUUGCCCAACCCUUCCUACUCCACCCUUGUUUAGUCUCUAUGCGGCCGCGGCGAAUGCAUUGACCAACUCGAUGGCAGCUUUGACACCGCGGUGUUCUUUGAUCUCUGCUUCUGUGGCGGCCUUCAACACUUCCACGUCGUCGCCUUCGUCUUCGUCUUCGGUUCUGUCGUCUAGGCGGUCUUCGAGGUGUUCGAGGUCGUCGUCCAUGUCGUCCUUGGCUCUCUCGACAAUUACAUCGCUGGACUCGAGCAAUGGGGCUGUUGCUGCGUCGGCUGCGGUCGCAGAUGGUACACAGGCUGUCGCUGCUAUUGGGGUGGCUGAUGUUGAGCCCACUGGCGGCGCUGCCACAGUCGCUGUCACAGCUACCAUUGCGAGGAAGGGUGUUACGGAGGAAGAGCGCCAACCUGACUACAGCCACGACGAUCAGGACACUAGUGAAGAUGGGUUGACAGAGGAUGUUGUCGACGAAGAUGAUGAUGAAGAGGAGGACGAGUUGCCGUAUCCUCCACCAGCAACACCUGCAGAAAAGCUGAUCGAACCUUGCAUGGACCAUUCGAUCUAUGCGGCGGGAGCGAUUACAGGAUCCAAGUUUGUGCGCUAUGUGCUUGGUAAUGGCGUUGCUAUCGUUGCUGACAUUUUACGUAGCGAGACCAUAUAG